AUGUCUCUUCUGAUCGUGCAGUGGGCGGGGGAGUUGACGGGAGGGAGGGCAAAAGCUGGUGUCAGACUUACCGCUGUGGCUUCAACCGUGAUGGCUUCGCCCGUGAUGGGCGAAAAGUCUGAUUAUGAGUCCCUUGAAAGCCUCUCCUCAAGAGCUAUAAGAGCCUCCGAGUCUGUAAAUACCAACAACCAAACCAACCCCACGAUGACGACCUUGACAGAAGACCUGGUGAACAACGCUAGAAGCCUCGCCGACUAUGUGAAAGAGAUCGCGUCAGCAAAGUCAGAGAGUCGAGAUAGGCAGCGGAAACUCACCGUUGGGCACGAUCCACGAAGCGUAGCAACGCGGCCGCAGAGCAUCGCCAACAUGUCCCACGCCAAGAAGGGCAUCAUCAGCACCAACGAGACGGACAGGGCCGUGUCUGUAGGUGGUAGAAGAGAAAACCAGUUAGUGCGCGUUCUCCUGGGACGUUGGAUGUUCUGCCGCUGGCACGACGGGGAGGGGAAUUGCCUACCGAUAUGGCGCCUCGGCUUCCUCCUACAGCUCGAGGAUAAUCGCCUUAGACGGCAUUGGAAGUCCAUCAGAAAGCUCUCUCGAGUGCUCCGGCACAUCCACCGCCAUCUCCGCGAUGGCAAGACUCCCGGCGCCCACGCACAAGAGUGGGUUGCCUACCUCCAGACACUGCCAGACACGGGAGAUCAGAAACGGGCGGGAAGAGGGGCGAAGAUGAUGCCUACCAACAAGCUGUCGAAACUGCGAUUCUGGCGAUCCCUUGACGAGGGAGAGGGUGGAAUGGAGGAAAGGAUGGGUGACUUGUCUCGAAAUCUCAGCGUCAGCGUCGGUCUUCCAAGGUAUUGUACGACAAAAAUGACUUACGAAAAGGGUUGA